UCUCUCUCUCUCUCUCUCUCUCUCUCUCUCUCUCUCUCUCUCUCUCUCUCUCUCUCUCCUAGUAGAUGUAGUAGUAGAAGUAGUGCCUCAGUUUCCAUUAUUGUACCUUUUGUGGGCCAUCUUUCUAUCAUGUAUAGCAAGAGAACAAGUUGUGUUAAACCAAUAUUUGGAAGGAUUAGGUGGAGAAAAGAAUGAGGAAAGUACACCUCAGUGCCAGACACUAUCACCUCUGUUAUGCGCUCAGCACACAAAGACCGGUCUUUGUCAUGGAAGCAGUAGUCAUUCCAAGGAAAAUCAGCAAAAUACCUCCUCAGGUCCCCUAAACUAACAGAGGCAAAACGCCAGUGGCACCUCCGCUUAGGGGGAUGCUGAGGAGGGAUUGGAGUGAUAGGAAGAAAAUAUGAAAUUGUGAUUGGAGGAGCCCAAUGGAGAAGAGAGGGUCACAGCAUAAGCAGAAGGAUUAGAGGUCAGGAAAAGGUCAAGAAUGUUGGGCGUAUCUCCAAGACGGUCAGGAAUAUGAGUAGGGUGUUGUACCAAUUGCUCUAGGUCGUGGAGGAUAGCAAAGUUGAAGGCUAGUUCACCAGUGAAGGGAGAUGUCACGUGUGUUUUUUCUAACUGAACAUUAAUUGUGCUGAUUGAAUAUUAGUUGUGUUUAUGAAUCUGAUAUUGUCUUUGUUCGUGCAUGAUGAUUGUGUUGAUCAAUGAAUAUGUUGAAGAGAUAUAAAGUGAUACCAAGUAACUUUAAACGAAUUGAGGAUGAAUGCCAGUGAGAAAUUUUGACUUGUAAGAGAUGUAAAUAAUUAGUAGUUACCAAUUAAAAUAUGAAAAUGUUUGUGAGUUUUCCAGUAGCCUUUAUGUACCAAAUCCAUACAGUAUCUUGGACCACGACAGUGUGGUGUGUGCUGUGCUUGCUGGACUGUGUAAUCCCACACACUAUUGGUGGCUGUUGAUGUGGUGUGUGAUGUGCUUGUUGGCCUGUGUAAUCCCACACACUGUUGCUGCCUGGAUGACUGGCUGGUGUGUGGUGUGCAGUGUAGUGUGGUGUGUGAUGCACUUGUUGGCUUGUGUUAUCCUGUACACUGCUGCUGGGUGACUGGCUGGUGUGUGGUGUGCAGUGUAGUAUGGUGUGUGAUGUACUUGUUGGCUUGUGUUAUCCUGUACACUGGUGCUGGGUGACUGGCCGGUGUGUGGUGUGCAGUGUAGUGUGGUUGUUGGCCUGUGUAAUCCUAUACACUGGUGCUGGCUGCCUAGUGUGUAGUGUAGUGUUUGGUGACGUGGUGAUUUCUUUUUUUUAUAUAUAGGAGAGACACCGGCCAAGGGCAACAAAAAUCAAAGAAAAAAAAAAGCUCAUUAAGAUGCCAGUUACCGAAUAGGGUCCGAAGUCUUAGUAAAAAAAUUGAAAGAUAAGUGUCUUGAAACCUCCCUCUUGAAGGAAUUUAAGUCGUGGGAAGGUGGAAAUACAGAAACAGGCAGGGAGUUCCAGUCUACCAGAGAAAGGGAUGAUUGCUUAAGAAUACUAGUUAACUCUUGCAUUUAGAGAGGUGGACAGAAUAGGGGUGAGAGAAAGAAGAAAGUCUUGUGCAGUGAGGCCGCGGGAGGAGGGGAGGCAUGCACUUAGCAUGAACAGAAGAGCAGUUAGCAUGGAAAUAGUGGUAGAAGACAGCUAGAGAUGCAACACAGCGGCGAUGACACAGAGGCUGAAGACAGUUAGUUGAGGAGAGAAGUUGGUGAGACGAAAAGAUUUUGAUUUCACCCUGUCUAAAAGAGCGGUAUGACUGGAGCUCCCGCAGACAUGUGAAGCAUACUCCAUACAUGGACGGAUAAGGCCCUUGUACAGUCAACAGCUGGGGGAGGUUACCUCAGAGCAACACACGUCCUACAUCCCACCAUGGCAUCCAACCUACAUCACCACGUACAAGAAUUUCUUGAGGCAAUUCAACAACUACUAACAACGGAGCUGGUCAAUGCUGUAGAGAAAGGAGACGAGGCAGGGGUGAGGUCAGCACUUGACAUGGGUGCCCAGCCCGAGGUCACCCUCCCCACUAGAGCUGGGGUGUCAUGCAGUCUGCUGACUCUGGCUGCCAGCAAGGGCCACGAUCACCUGCUGUCUCACUUACUGCAGGCGGGGUUAAGCAUAGAAGGUGGGGGCACCACUGACAAGACACCGCUGAUGAUAGCUGCCCUCCGUGGCCACGCCCAUACAGUGAAGGCGCUGCUGGACCUCCGUGGUAACCCUCUGGCCAUGGAUAGUGAAGGAAGGACAGCCCUAGACAUUGCUGUAUGGCAGGGCCACCAGCAGUGUGUGGCGGCCCUCUUGCCCGUCACCCCUCCCACUCCCGCACACCUCGAGGCAGUCACCCCGGUGCACAUCGCCGGUUAUUGUGGCCACGUGGAGGUACUGGAGCAGCUGGCAGGUGCUGCCUGGCCCCUCACCGCCAGGGACAUUGAUGGGAACACACCCAUGCAUUAUGCUGUGUUGGGGGGAUGUGCAGCAGCUGUGCAGUGGCUGGUGCAGAAAGGUUGUGACCCACACGUGCAAUCGAAGGCUGGACGCAUCCCGAUGGAGAUGGCCGUGCAGCAUGGAUGCCACGAGGUGGAGAACUGGCUGGAUAAAAAUUGCAGCGGUGUUGUGAGGAGAAAGACUCUGCGUGUGGAGCAAGUGAAGGAGUGGCAGAAAAUACAUGAAUUCAUACACAACAAAGUCUUGUCCAUGCUGGUGGAGGGCAACAAGACAACCAUGGACAGCAUCCCCAAGGUUUAUGAUGGUCACGUGCUGAGCCAGGAUGGCCUGACGCCUCUCCACGCCGCGGCGCUGUGCGGGGCACCCAGUGGUGCUGUGGAGGCUUUGCUGCGACGCGGCGUGAGCCCUCAUGUGACCACCCCUGAGAACAUGACCCCCGUUGACCUGGCACGGCAGCAAGGCCAAGACUCAGUGAUUAAGGGACUACAGCGCCACCACUGUGUACAGAGCUACAAGCUUCCUGAAGAACUGCAUGAGGAGCUGCUCUCAACAGUCAGUCACUCGGACGACGUGCAGGCGGUGUCCACCCUCAUAUGUAAGGGCGCGCCCAUAGAGCUCCUGAGUGGCCUUUCCGUCCUCAGACUGGCUGUCACUACCGACCGCAUAAACACCGUCAGCCUGCUGCUGGCUAGCGGUGCACCGCUGCCUGCCAGCCUGCUGCAGGAGGCUUGGCAGAGCCCUGACGUGACUUACAGGGUGCUGGCCACCCUCACCACCGCCUACUGCUGCCGGCUACGUGCAGAGCAGCGUCGUCUGGAAAAGGUCAGCAGCGGCCUUGUCGAGGGCAUCGACAAUCUAGUGACAACCAUCGAGGGAAAUACUCCCUGGCAGGCAGCCUGGCGAUGGGGAAAGGAGACUGACCGGCCAGCACUGAGCAACCUCCUGGCAAAGGCCGCGGCUGCCAACUGCCCCGUGACUGCCGCCUUCCUGCAUAGGGCAGGAGGGUGGACAGUCUUUAAUGGAGUCUCUGGUGGCACUGCCCUCCACGCUGCCCUGGAGGCUGGCCACAAAGGCAUGGCCGAGCUGCUGAUCAGGGACCUUGGGGGCUGCCCGUACAUGCCGGACACACAUGGUCGUCUUCCAGUGCACAUGAUGCCUCACGAGGAGCAACAGAGGCUGGAGCAGAAACUCUUCAUGGCGGAGCGUGAAAAACUGAAGGAUAUGGAGCUUCGCUUGAAGGCAGAUCACGAGAAGACCGCAGCACGAACAGCGCUGUGUAUACAGGAGGAUCUUUUUGAGAGCCACAAGAAGGGCGAGGGUAAGAAUGUCUCCUCACCUGAUGGCCGCGCUGCCCUGCUGCUGGCCUCGCGCAAAGGUCUCCUGCAGCUGACUCAUCUUAUACUGCAAGAGGGUCACUUCCCCGUGGACGAGGUGCUGGACCACACCUGCGGCACCACCGCCCUCCACCAGGCGGCCUCGCACAGCCAGGACGGCUGCGUGGCGCUGCUGCUGAGCGCUGGCGCCAACCCACAGAAGCGUGACACGUAUGGCCAGACACCCCGCCACCUGGCCGCCAUGUUUGGCCAUAAGAGUACUUUUGAACUCCUGGCUCACCAAGAGUCGCAGGAUCUUCCUUGCCGCGCGGGCACCACGAGCACACAGGUGAAAGAAAAUUUUAAAGUGUUUCACAAUAUGUUUUAUAAAUAUAAGCGUAAUCUAUUAGGUACAGACGACCGCCAUAAUCCUGAAAGCGUCAUAAGAAAUCUUGUGAGAUCCAUAAGCUUGCAAGAGUUGCAGGAGGAGGCUCAGCGGGUGGCUGUGGAUCUAUCAAAGGGCGAGGCCCUUGAGGUAAAGGAGGCGGUCAUGGCAGAAAUAAGCAUCAUCAUGAAUAAGGUGUCAGCCGCUGAUGCCACGUACCGCGGCGACCUGAGGCUGGUGGGUAGUUCACGGGACGGGUCUAAGCUUUACGUCCCUGACGAAUUUGAUAUAAACCUCGUGAUUCACAAGGAUGACGUAGGAAUAACUGUUAGCGAGAGAGGGAAGGAGGAAGCACCGCUGAAGGGCAGCUUCCAGAUUUCUGUGAAGACUGACAAUCCCCACCUUGAAGGUAAUAGAUUUAUGGCCAGUUUGUACGAGGAGGUGCACUGGUGCCUCGCUGGCCACACCCUGCAGGACAAAAGACUGAGCCUGGUGCCACCGGGCCUGACCAGCACGCAAGUGGGCGUGGGACUCUCUCUGGCCUGGCAGGGGCGAGAAUAUCCACUGUUGCUGGUUGGCGUGGACCUGGUGCCAGUGCUUGAGGUGCCAUGGCUGGAGCAAGUUUUCAGACCGUUCCUCACUCCUGAGGACACCACCACCAUGCAGCUCAGUAAUGCUGCUGAUGGAACAUGGCGCUGCAGCUUUGCCUUGACAGAGGCUGAGGUGCUGGGGACGUUGACACCCGCAGAGCGCCAGGUACAGCUAAUGGGAAAAGUACUUCUUUCCCGCCUCAAGCCUGAGCGCUGGAUGCCUCAGCACAAAAAAAGCUUUUUCAGAUGGUUCGCCACACGGGAGUGGAACAUCGCGGUGCCAAGCGGGUUCUGUUUCAAAAACGCCCUCCUGCGGUGGCUGGAGCACAGGCGGAGGAGGGAGGUAGAGCUUGGGGCUGGGCAGGAGCAGGACCACACCAAGGAGUUGGAGCCGGGGCGGGAGGGAGACCCCGCCAGAUGGCUGGUGGAGGUGUUCAGAUUGAUGUGUGCGAACCCAGAAGAGACACGAGAGCACCUGACAACUCAAAACAGCUCCGCCUACUUUGGAGGAGACUGUGAGGGGCGGAAGACUGGGGACGGGGCGCCCGUCAUCGUGCAGUGCCUAGAGGAGGGUUUGGAAAAGUUGUGCUCUGGCUCGGCCUCUGCCAAGACAACCAGGCGGCGGCGACGAAAGUAUUAGAUGCAGAAGAUGCAGACCCUUGUAAUCAUUAGCUGUGAGCUGCGCCACGCGUCGUAAGACCUCCUACCCAUCCCCCCCCCCCCCACACACACACACACAGGGACACAAGUGCUUGGUGCUCGAUUUUCAGAUUCAAUAGUUUAUACAGCCAAUUAGUUGUGGAGUCGAUAUAAAGAAAAAUAUAUAUUUUCAUGGCGCGAGGCUAGUGAGAGAAGAUACUCUCUUAACAGGCUCUCUCAUCUGUGUGCACUUGUUGGCCCCUGUAAUACUGCAGGUUGAGUAAUGUACGAGUAAUAGUGCAAGCUGAGGUAAAUGCCAACUUUGGCCAGUAAAUACAACAGUGUAAGAUAAUAGUCAACUUGCAUGUUGUAUGGUGAAACAGGCUCUAGAUAUAUCUCUGAACUCAUGGAUGAUAUUCAUUUGCAAACGGCAGUGACAUUAGGACAUCAAAUAUUUUGUAUAGGUUUAUUAAGACAAUGUAUGAGCUGGGUGUAAAUAAAGCACUUCGGCUUGACAAGAUAUAAGUUAUCAAAUCAAAAUGGAAUGUCACAUUUGUAGCACCAAGUACCAAAUGCAGAUGGUAAUUGGUUAAAAGAAACUGUUAAGUUAAGGACUUGUGAUAUUGACAGGCAGAGAUUGUCUGAAGAAACAUAUAACAGGCCAGCAUGCCACAAUUACACAAGUAUUUAUCUGUUCUCCUUAAACAACACUCACGUGCCGUAAGUGUGUUCAAGUGUGCAAAUCAUCAGCUGCCCAUUGUAAAUGGUAGUGAAGGAAUGCAAGUGUACAAAAGUGGAUCUGUUCUUUAUGUGAUCUUAAUGAUGCAGGAGAUGAAACUCACUCUUCAUUCAAAUAACCUUUUUUUUUUUUUUUUAAUAAAUAGCUGAAAAAUAUGUCAACAAAUAUUGCUUCACUAAUGUAAAUGCAACAAAAAUAGGGGAUUUCCUUGGAGCGAGAAACGUGACUGUCUUGUUAACUGGUGUUCAGUUCAUCAAAGAAAUAACUUGUUAUUUUUAAGAAAACGUAUAAGAAGUAAUUGUUACUAGAUAAAUGACGUCUGUAUUUAGUGUGUACAGCAUAACAGUUUGUGCUCCUCAUAUCCCGCCUGGGGUCGCUUUCAAACCUUUCAAGCACACUUCUCAUAUUUGCAAACUUAUAUAUGUAAAUAAACCAUUGCCUUGUAUUUUUUUCAUGAACACAAAACUAUUCCUCUCUGUAUUAUGGAAAGUGUUGUGUGAGUAAAUCAAACACAAAAA